AUGAGCACUCUGUUUAUCGCGCGAUCCUCGCGAAGUUAUGAAGAGGUGGAGCAUUCGCUCUUUAAGGCAUUACUUUCCCGCGAUGCGCAUGUAGGGGCCUGCGUGCUUACCCUUUUGGCGCUCGCGGCGAGGGUGAAGGCGUUGUCGUCGGAGCGGGAGCCCAAACAUGCUCGGGCGAGCCUUCUAAGUGAGCGGCAUGCGUCCCCUUUUGAUACCGCGAUAUUCCCCGGCGCGCGCAUCUAUUCUCUUUCCCCGCCCGCCGGGUCAGGGGGGAAAGGCGGCAAAGGCGUCGGAACGGGUCCGCACGCCCGCACGGGAGGGGGAUUUCACGCCCGAUUACCCCCCAGCAGUGUAACGAGGUCCUUUUCCUCGCCCCAUUCAGGCUCCUCCUCAUCGGGGCUUCUCGCGGAUGGCAAAAACAGUGCGCAGUUCGGCGAAGCGGCGGAUCUGCAGAAGCUAUGUCAGAUGAAAGAAGGAUUGUUAGAGCAAAUUCAUGCGAUGCGCGUGGAAACUGCAAGGCGGCAGGCGUUGAUAACAUUACAGAGAGUCUAA